AUUCUUUUAAAAUAUUUAAUUUUUUUUAUUUUUAUUUUUAAAUACCUAUUAGGAUUUUCAGUUAAUAGCUUAACAAAUGGAUGUUUUGGGAAGAUGUUUAGUCACAGUUGGUAUUAUUUCUUUAAUACAUUGUGGUUACUCAGCAAUUCAAUAUCGAACAUAUUUGAAAUUGAUUGAAGAAGAGUUUACAUCUGUUCCAAUUGAUAUUACACUACAGGUUUUGGUUAGUGUUUUGAUAUCCAUAUUUGGCAUAAUUCGUAUUGCUGGGGAGUUAAAGGACAUCCACGCUGCUGCGGAAUUAGCUAGCAAAUCUUGGGAAACACUUGGAAACAGAGCAUCCUUUUUUACAUUUACUCAUAGAGGUCAGCAACUAUUUCAAGACAAGUAAAUAAGAGUGCAUAUCCAGUGAAAUAUUGGAGAAUGUUUACCCAGUGAACGUUUCCGUUAUAGAUCUUUUUGAAAGUUUAUUGUUUCUUGGUUUAACUUUAACUGAUAAGUAAUUCUUAUGCCGUAA